UUUAAAUUGGGUGUUAUCUGUAAAAUCAUAAGUGCUAGGUUAGAUGCAUCCCUCGUUAUCACCCUUCAUGCGGUGCUCCUAUGAAGGAUGUUUAUAAGCAUAGGACGGAUGAAUUAGGAAGGUGGCGGAUAUGCAGAUGAGAAAGGUCUAUCAGGAUCUGUGGUCUAACCAUACAAAUCGAUCCAGCCCCAAACUGAGAGACGAAUUAUACCAUCGCAAUAGCCGCCUACAAGCAUUUGUCAUUCUAGCGGAGCAAACCAGUAAUUGUACGAGACGCGAUAAGCUUUUGCUGGACGGCAAUACCAAAUAAGUGAUUUGCUUUGUCGAUAUCGGUUGGGGAAAGAGGGGGGAGGGAGGUGAAUUUUCCAAUUUCUGGAUCCUGUAUCUCUGUUACACAAGUCCGUUUUUAUGCUUGUUACGGUCUAAUCUCUUGGUUCAGAGGUCCUCUUAUGUCAUUAUGCUCCAGGGGGAUUUAAAGCUAUUGGAAGACUAACAGAACUGGUCUCGGCAGAUCAGAAAGCCGAUUGUUUUGGUCGAUUAUGCGAGCAACUCAUCUGUACUCAUUUCCCCCGAUGCAGGUCCGGCCUGCGGCCUAUCGUUGCUGAGGGAGGCUUCACAUAUCGUCCGGCAGCAGACGAAAACAAGGAACACCCAUUGCUCCGAAUCUGACCGGUGAUCUGUCCACUCCCUGUGAAAAUCGGACCCACCACCGCUGGGGAAAAGCGCCGAACUCUCCCAGAAUGAGGAAUGACCAUGGCGGAAAGGCUGAACAUAAAGGAAGACACCUAGCCCAGACCAGACGAAAGGAGAUCCUUUCCUCCUACUGGAACAAAUGAUGAAGAUGCAAGCGGGCGUUUCUUACUGGACAACUGACUGCCGAGACAUGAUAUCUUAAAACUGCCACUAAUCAACUGGCUUAACGAGACUAGGGCAGCUGGGACAGUCGAUACCUCUGAUGAACUGACGAUUUGCAUUUCCGUCAACUACAGACGAUAUAGGAUUACCCAUUGAUAGCACGCUGCCGACACAGCCACCAAGUAUUCAUCACUAAAUUCGGGACAUUGCUCACGCAGCGAAUUCCGGGCGCCUUUGCUACACAAGGUCUCUACGACAACCGUCAUGGGGCAGGUUAUACGAGGCUUAAUCUACCCAUAGGAGACCUAUACACACGCAUUAACCAGAUUCUUGGAACUCAACAAAAGGUGCUGGGCGUAGUUGCCUGUAGUUGUGACCGCCUCGGAGGACUAUGCCUACUCGUUAAGCUGGGACCAUGAGAUAACUUGGAAUAUCAGCCGAGCCGUAUUACGUGGAGGUUCCGUGUCCCCCGCUACACGUCAUAAUUCUGGGAUGCUUAACAGUUCAAAGGAACAGCCUGUGGUGUUCGACAUCCUGCUGCUUCUCGUUUUCGGAAUCCUUUGUUGGCAGAGGGCCCGCAGAUGUCCCCGACUAAUUGUGUGAUUCGGGUCUGAUUGAAGCACACUGGUAGCACGCACUGUGGUCCCGUGCACCCCGCCAGGUAAUCUUCUCAUCGCCGGGGAGACGCGUGCGUGGGAGGCAAGCCUGCGUUUGAUUGCCAGUUAGCGUCUUCUCGGGGUUGCCGCCACCUUCCCAUUCUGUGUGCAAACACACAAAAGAUCUUCGCGACUGGGAAUCGUAACCUUGGCAGAGGGCGUAGCGGCUCUGGAUGGUGAGAGAGGAACGAAUGAUUAUUCCUCAGCACCUAAACAAAGUCCAUGGAUACAAGAAUCAUUUCCUCAGCGAUACGACAAAGGAAGACUUCCCAACGUGCUUGUGUGUAUUUCAAUGUUGGUUCUAAAGUAGUCAUUCAUUGCCACAGAAAACCUAGUGGCUGUUGGCCUGUUUUCAAACAGCAUCAUAGGCAGACAUCAUGGCACUAAACGAGGUACGUGCAUCAUUUAACAACGGUGAGAAAUUCUGUAUCGCCAUGGCAGCUUUGUACGCACUCUUUGGAUGUGUCGAAACUCUCAUAUGCCCUCGCUUGUGCAACUGCAGCGGGUCGUUUGAAAACGUUCACUGCAACGGAAAAGGUUUGACGAAGAUCCCGAGGGGAAUCCCUGACUCGGUCUUGUACCUGAACUUACAGAGUAACAACAUUACAAAAAUACAGAGAGACCAGUUUGCUGAUUACGUGGACUUGAAAAAUCUUCACCUUGGCGAUAACUUGAUAACGAGGAUCGAAGACGGUGCUUUUAACGGUCUGAAGAAUUUACACAUAUUGGAGUUAUACAACAACAGGCUAACGUACAUCCCCAGAGGAACAUUCAGUGCAGUAACCAAUCUUGAAGAACUUUGGCUGAGAGGGAACCCAAUCGUCUGUCUUGACGACUACGCAUUCUCACAACUUCCCAACCUGAGGCAUUUAGACAUUGGAGAACUACAUGAACUCAGGAUAACGUCCGUUAACAUGUUUGUCGGUUUGAGUAGUUUGGUGAACUUGAACAUGGCGGUAGCAAGUCUCUCCAGUGUGCCUUUUCUUACCCAUCUGAGCAACCUAGAACAGUUAGAUCUGACCGGAAACUCUCUCAAAACAAUCAGCCAAAAGUCAUUCAGUGGACUGGACAGGUUAGAAAGAUUGUUGCUCGUGUCGUGUCGUAUAACGAGCGUAGACGUGAACGCCUUUGAAGGCCUCAAGUCUUUAACGGUCUUGAAUUUGUCCCACAACUCCUUGACCUAUCUGCCGGAAGGUAUUUUUGAUAUGACUCCUUCUCUGAGGAACAUGUACCUCCAGCACAAUCCUUGGAACUGCAGCUGUGACAUGACGUGGAUGUUGGAGUGGAUUCGAAGCAGCGAGCGAAACGUGACUUGCAACGACUGCGGCAAAUGCAGCAGUCCCCGCCGACUCAGAGGACAACAACUCGUCAACUUGACAAAAGAGAGUCUCUCUUGUCCCGGAGGAAAGACGACGGUCGCGAACUUGAAGAUCAACAUGACGGAAGGAGGUGAGAAAGACUUGGAGUGCCUUACCGGAAGUGACACCACUCAGAUUUGGAAAACUGGCUCGACGAUUAGAUCCGGGUCAUUCCAGCUGAGUGUGAAGAUCUCCGGUGACGGCAGUGUCAAUGUCACCGACGUUACAACGGACGGUUCUGGUAUCUACGCGUGCGGUAAAAGUAACUCUCGCAUAAUCUCGUCUGGCCGAAUCUCGUCCAGCCGAAUCUCGUCUAGUGCGAGAGUUACCUCUCUUGCGGGAAGAAUGGCCCGUCUUCAGUCAAGGGCAGCAAACUCUGAUACCGAUGAUUCUAAAGAUCUAGGGGAGUGCAAAGUUCGCGAGGAAAGCGUAGAUACCUGGGUCGUUAACGACGCCUCACAGACACCCAAGCAAAAGGAAAAUAGAAACGACAAAACGAGACCCACGCUUAUCAACAACGGAGGCAAUGUGAUGGUUGACGAUACAGAUGGAUCGGAAACAAACACUACAAGUGAUCACAAAAUAUACAUCAUCGGUUCUAUAGUUGGUGUGGUUGUACUGGGCAUAUUGAUCUGGAGUACGGUCAUAGGUGCUCGCAAGAGCAGAGCCCGUAGACUUGCGAGAAGGCAGAAGAAGAAAAAGAAGGCGGAAAGAGAGUCCUGCUACGUGGCGUUUCGUAGUGAUGAGGAACUCGAUGUAAAUGAAAUCCCCCCUCCUGAUGUGUUUAGCAUCUACACAAACCAACACUAUCAGGACUCCAGACAUUCGGGCCUAAAGGCUGAAGCCGACGUCUUCUCCGGCCUUAAGGUAGAGACAGAGAUAUAAGAUUUCUUUCUACUUCCUCAUGUUGCUAAGCAAUAAGCUUGUUUGUACUUCUGAGUACGCAUGCGUGGUGACAAGAAUUUUUGGUAAUACGUCAAAGGUGUAAACAGCCCCUAACUUAUAAACAGUUCGACCAUUGUCUCGCUUUUCAGAGCAAUGUCCAGACGUGUAUGUUUAUGUCUCAGGGGCCUUAACCUUUGACAUGCUACCCAGAAUCCCCGUCACCGCGCAUGCGUGCACGGAAGUGUGAACGAGAUUAUUCUUAUGUAGACAAAACAAUGUCACAGCAUCGUUAUAACCUGUGGUCACCAAAAGCCCACCUAAGAAGCUCACAUAAAUAUUUCUUUGCUGAAAAUAUCCUAAAAUUAGCUGUGAAUUAAAUUACUACAAAAUGAUUUGCGUGUAUAUAGUAGCAUUGUCAUGUUUUUGGUGUUUGUAAAACAGACGAAAGUGUGUAAGUGACAGACAACAUGUAAUAUUUACUUUGUAAAUGAUCUGUAAGUCAUACAGUUGUGUGAUUUUUAUGACUAAGAGAUUGCCUUACUAUCGAAAUACUGUUGUACAUGAUACCAACAUGGCCAAUACAAAGACAACGUGUCAACUCUAGCGACCUGUAUAUAAAGAAGGCAAUCUUGCUAAAAACAAUAGAUACAAUUCAUUGUUUUUUUCUGGAUUUCUUUUACAAUUACAUGUAUAUGAGCAUCAUUACCCGAUCAUCGUGUCAAUGCAAAGUUAUUUGUUAUUAUUACUCAAGAAUUCAAUUUUUACUGCAUUCGAAAUGUCUCGAAAAAAAAUAAGAUUACGAAAAAAUAUUUUAAAGAAACGUUGAAACAUAAAAUGCAAAUGCAAUAAUCUUUGGAAACAACAUUCUGUAUAACCAUAUAAAGUGUGGUGAGGGUGACAAUUGCGUUGUUUUAGUUCUGAUGUUGGCAUGAAUGCUUUACGAUUAACGGUAUAAUGACAAAAGCAUUUCUAUGAGGUGCUCUCGUUAUAUUAUAGUUGUUCAAUGCAUGUUUUGAUUCUAUCUACCGAAAUUAUGCAGAAUUGCGACUGUGCAAGUCUACUUUGUCAAUUGUAAAAGUUGUGAACGCUACUUCUAUCAAGAAGUUGCAAUUCUAAAAUACAAAGAGUGUAAUAUAGCCUAAAUACUAGUAAAAAAGUUGUCUUUUCUGUGAAAAAAUCCUAUAAAAGACGGGGUUGUUACAAAAUAAAUAGGUUUUGGUACUGACAAAAGGUAUGUGUGUGUUUA